UUGCCAUUAUUUAAUAAUCCCGUGUCAGCGUUUUACAAGGCUCUAUUAGCCAAUGCUGCAACAUCAGCCCUGCGAUUACACCAACGCAUCCCACCACGAGAGAUCUCUCUCUCGCGGGAGUUCCUUGCCAGGUUCUUCUUGGAAGACAGUGCUCAUUAUCUCUUUUACUCUCUGAUUUUCAUGAAUGUUGCACCAAAUUUAUUAAUCUUGACUCCAAUCUUUCUCUUCGCGCUGCUUCACGCCGCCUCCUACUCACUGACCAUACUUGACACCCUGGGCCAAAACUCGAUGUGGGUGGCGCGGCUGAUGAUCUCGCUGGUCGAGUUCCAGUCGCGCAACAUACUGCGCGCCGCCGCACUUGCCGAGAUCGUCCUGUUCCCAGUCGUCGCCAUUAUGGCAUUAUUCGGGUACUGCGGGCUAAUGACUCCGUUCGUGUACUACUACUUCGUGACGUGGCGCUACGCGUCGCGCCGCAACCCGUACACGCGCAACACGUUCCGCGAGCUGCGCGUGCUCGCCGAGCGCACCGCCGCUCGCCCGGCGCUCCCGCGCCCGCUGGCCGCCGCGCUGCUCUCCGGCGUGCAGCUCGUGUGCCGCAUGGCGCCGCCCACCGAACACGUGCAGCAAUAA